AGCGUGCCAUCCUCUUCACACACAACUACAAUUCGCAAUUUCCACUGAUUGGUAAAUCGAUCCGAUUGUACAUAUUUUGGCCAAUGAAAGACGGCUGCGCGUAAUAUGCGAAGAGAAAAGCAACGAGUCUGGAGCGACGUUGACAGGUUGCUUAGCAACGUCCAAACCCUUGGGCUUUCUCACGUUCGUAAAAUAGCAAGUCGUUAGCUAGAUUCCUCAAUGUAUUAGCUUUUUUCUCAAUCAAAUCAUAGUUAUAUAUAUAUCUUUGACAGUCAGAAGGAUACUAACAUUCUACACCUAUAAUACUGCCAAGCAAACUGGAUUGUGAGCGUGAUUGCUAUCGUCCUCAAUUCCAAGACAACGGGGCAUCGAUGCAGUGGAUGAGGCCGCCAUGAACAGGGUCAAAGAGAAACUGAAGUCUGCCGAACAGAAGCGUAAGGUCUUCAAACAGCAGCAGUGCAUCUUCAUGACUGCACUCGAGCGGUCGCGCGACCAAGCCCAAGAUAAGACCAAGCCAGUUUGUUCUGUAGCACAGGUCCAAUGGUACAUGGAGGAUCACUGCAGCAACACUACAGACCGCCGCAUUUUAUCCCUCUUCCUGGAAAUCAUGGAGGACCUGAUGGAGGUUCUGGACAUCCUGGAGGGCCUGGGUUUUACUGGCAGUCUGAUGGAGAACUGCCGGAUCCUCCUCUGCCCAACCACUGACAUCAGUAACUUGCGGGCACAAUUCCCGCACGACGAGGUGAACAGGCUGAGCUGUGUCGAGGCCCGGAAUUACUACGGGGGCGUGGUCAGCCUCAUCCCGGUGGCUAUUGACCUUCUGCGCGAGGCCGCCCGCACCAGCGCCGGCCCCCAGAAGGAACCGGAGAAGGCCGAGGUCCCGAAGCCCCAGCCCGCGGAGACCGUACCCCAGCAGGCUAUGGACAGCUACAUGGAGGAUCAGUCGGCCUCGCAGAACGGACAGAGUCAGACGAAGAAGCCGUAUAAGGAGACGGGGGGCUGGAACGCAGGCAAACCGUCCUGGAAGCCUCCUGGCCGCCCCAAGGUUUGAGGUGUCCAGCUAAAUUUUUAAAGAGAUGCACGUUUGCCAAAAUUUCUCAACAGCAUAGUUUCCUUGCUCCAAUCCCUUACCCAUGUGAUGCACGUAUUAGCAUAUGUAAUUUCCGAAUUUUAGAAACAUGAACAAGUUCCUGCCCUCCACGUAUUUAAUCAAUAUUCUCUGUAUUUUGUUGUAAGAGCACCUACAACAUGCAGAUGGACCCCACAAAAUAGAACGAUCUUUGUUGCAGGAAGUGUUAUCACGGUUUGUAACGCAUUUCGUACAGGAUUAAGAUUUAAAAUAGUCUGAUUUACAUAACACAAUGUAUUUGCUGAGCACUGCAUUGAAAUCUCUUGACUUUUGUCUUGGGCAAAUGUGAUUCAUAUGAAAUCCAGCAGAGGGCAGUAUUGUCAGUAUUGUUCUCCGAUGGUUGGUUUAUUUUUACAGUGAUGUGGAGGUUAUUGGGGAGUAGCACAUCUAGGCAGACUCUGGGGGGUUCAGUACAGUACAGCUGGACCUCUUCACUUCCCACUCAAGCAGUCAAGCACCAAGGCUACUGCGUUUUAUUCCACAAGAUUGAAAACACAGUUCCAGUCCUGCAGUGGUCUACAAUUAUAGGCUUCGACCUUCGCUGAGGUCUUUGCAGUUGGCCCAAGGACUUACCAAGUUAGAGCACACCAAGCCAACACAGUAGCACAGGUUAAAGGUUUUAAAGCCAGGCUUUCGUGAGUGAAUGAAAUGCUGCUCAGACUCCAUUACAGCCACUGGGCUGGCAUUACAUGUGGCGAGGGUUCACCCCCACAGGUACUUCCAUCGAUCUGUCAAAUGACACUACGCUCGGGACACAGUGAGAAAUAAUGGAAUAUGUCAAAAAAUCUGUAGUGCAAAACAUCAAAGACUAUUUUUAUUUUUUUUUAAUCGUUCACAGUUAAAUACAAGCAACUGCUUUUAAGAACUUUUUUGUCUGCUGUUUCAGAACUUUGUACUCCCGAUAUGGAGACCAACCCCCUCCCCCUCCCCACCCC